UAACGUUUUUAUUCACGGCUUGCCCAUCUUGCUUUCUCCAAGUGUUGCAAUGCCGCCAUAAUCAUGAAUCAGGCUACUCUGGUGUAUAUAUAGGUAUAUACACAUGCAAACAUUCCAUGACAUCUACCAACAUCACCUCUAUCCCACAGGCUCUAUCUCCCCUCCCCUCUCCUCUUUGCUUUUUUCUAGUUCGCUUCAAAGGGGUAAUGUAAAUGCUUAAAACACCAACGCCAAAGCUCGUGAAUGUACUGACUUUCGCCGCCCAACACCAUGACAUAAAACAGGGACUGAGGAAGGCGCCUUCAUUACGUCUCAUAUCUCGUUCCGAACAACAAACAAAAACAACCGCACUGGCCAAAAAUUGGGAAUCACAAGCCGCUUAUCAAUAAUGAAUUCAUCAUAGAGGCAUCAAUCCGAUACCUCCCCCACUCUUCUUGGCGAUUCUGCCGUCACGCCUGAAUCCGUUGCUGCUACUUGCACCAGAUCGAGACGAUGGACCGGCACCGCUUGAAGAACCUCCACC